CUUUGAAAAGUUGUCCCUGUACUGCGAUAAGUACGCUGAGCAGAUCCCUGUGACGUUCGUGCUCGGGACAGCUCUUUGCCUGCUCUGCUCAAGCAUGUGAGAUUCUUCCACCCGAGAGCACUGAGCUUGUCUCGAACCCAUUCGAACAGACAGAGGCCGUGAGUGUCACGCCGCUUCCUAUGAGCCAUCCACCAAAGUCCAGACAACUGCUUCUGCUGCUAUUCCAUGUUCUAUUCGUAACAUCUUUUCCUGCUUUAAAAUGAUCCACAACUGGAAAAAUAUGUUCAGGAGGCUGUGCAUACAGCCUUGGGAUGGCUGCAGAACAUGCAAGUGUGUGGCACAGGCGCCAAUGGACUAAAUGGGAAUAAACCGCAAUUGCAGCUAUUUGCCUGCAGUCAGGCAGCAGAAAUAUGGCGCUACUAAGGCUGUUAUUCUGCCAUCUGUAAUCCUACAUGGCAUUGACGGUAAGAUGAUAAGUGGCACUUGCAUCUCUGCUGCUCUUCUGUUUGUCGUCUCGCAGCAUUAGGGUGAGGUCAGAUCCAGGUGUCAGACAGGGGAAGCGCCAGCAGGUGACAGAGCCAUUUCUGUAGGUGUGGGCUACUUUACACUUGCAGAGGAGAGAAACGUGUGAAAUGUGAAGGAAAAGCAGGGAAGGAUAAGUUCUGGACACAUUACUGCCCAUGGAUUUUGGAUUCCUUUUGUUGUACGUUUUGAUGCUCAACCAAGGGGACCUCGUAGUUGGGAAAGGAUUACUUAGACAAUACUCUACGACCUGUAGAAAUAAACAGGUUGGUGUUUUUGAAGUACAAAAAAACAUUUUGAAUGAAAUUUUGUGUUACGUGGAAGAGCCACGAUAUAGCGCUGAGCCUUGCACAACACUGCAUGUAUCUAUAAAAAACAUUUUGCAUUUCAUCACAUUGUACUUUUCCUUCAACUUUUCACCUUGACUUUCUGGAAUGGACACUUAUCUGUGUGGGUUGGAGUCUGCUAGUACUUUCUCUAUGUGACCCUGUGUUAAGCUUCAGUAUCAGAUAAGUACCAGUAUGAAACACUGUACUGUACAUCCAUGUUGCUUGUUAUUCAUUUUAACUAUGUGCAAUCCUGUUUGUGGCUUUUAGAAUCCCUUAAAACAAAAGCACUGUAACGGCUAAUCAGAGUGGAGGCUCAGUACCCUGCAGGACUACAUGCCAGUUUGGAUUUUCAUCUAUGAUGUAGUUUCUCUCCUGCUUGGCUGCAGAUGCCUCCUCGUUCACUGCAUUAGCAGUACAAUAUUUUACAGUACAGUACAGUUCUGAUCCUGCUUGGAUCCCACCCUCCCAGCCCCAGAGCAAUGUGCAUGUCCUGUUUCUGUUAGGUUUCUAUGUGACACUGGUGGUGAACCGCUGGUGGAACCAAUUUGUGAACCUACCGUGGCCGGAUCGCCUCAUGUUCCUCAUAUCCAGCUGUGUGCAGGGCCGCGAUGAGCAGGGCCGCCUGCUCCGGCGCACACUGGUGCGCUACGUCAACCUCACCUCCCUGCUCAUCUUCCGCUCUGUCAGCACAGCCGUCUGCAAGCGCUUCCCCACCAUGGAUCACGUGGUGGAGGCAGGCUUCAUGACUCCUGAGGAGAGGAAGAUCUUUGAGAAUCUCAAGUCCCCCCACCUCAAGUAUUGGGUGCCUGUGGUGUGGUUCACCAAUCUGGCUUCUAAGGCGAGAAAGGAGGGCCGCAUCCAGGACAGCGUGGACUUGCAGGCCAUUUUCAAUGAGAUGAACAAGUUCAGGACAUGGUGUUCCACCCUGUUUGGUUAUGACUGGGUGGGGAUCCCGCUGGUGUACACACAGGUUGUGACCCUGGCUGUUUACACCUUCUUCUUCGCUUGCAUCAUCGGGCGGCAGUUCCUGGACCCUGCACAAGGCUACCCGGGACAUGACCUGGACCUUUAUGUGCCCAUCUUCACACUGCUGCAGUUCUUCUUCUACUCCGGUUGGCUCAAGGUGGCGGAGCAGCUGAUUAACCCCUUUGGAGAAGAUGAUGAUGACUUUGAGGUCAACUGGUGUAUUGACAGAAAUUUGCAGGUGUCCCUGAUGGCCGUCGAUGAGAUGCACAUGAACAUUCCACGCAUGACCAAGGACAUUUACUGGAACGACUCCAACGUGAGGCCUCCUUACACGCUGGCUGCAGCCGACUACUGCAUCCCAUCCUUCCUGGGGUCCACCACUGACAUGGGUCUGUCAGAUGUGCUGCAGUACGAUGACCUAGACUGGCAGGACUUGCGGAAUCGGCGCCAGGAGUCAGUUUUGGGCCGGGUGCGGCGGCUGCUGAGUGUGCAGGAGCCACCAGACCUCACCCACGGUCGUCCCACUUUCAAGCGCCACAGCAGCGACAUCUCCAGUGUCUUCUUCCCCUUCACCCCGGACCACCGGACUCACCCAGCGUAUGAGGACCAGGGCCACCACAGACCUCAUCUAUUCAACUCCCACCCUGGCCGCCCUCACUCCCCUCCAGAGACUCUGACACCCGUACGGGAGGUGAGCAGCAGCCCUUCUUCCCCUGAUUCCCCAGCCUCCACUGAGGUGCCUACAGUGGUGAUCACCCCACCUCCUCCUCAUUCCACGGAUCAAAAGCCCAUGCCCCAGAACAGCGUAGUCGCACCACCCACAGAUAUAUGCUCUCGUGUCGACCACAGAAGCCAGAUGGAGUCAGCGCCGGCCCAAAGACUUCAGACACCAACGGGGAACAACUCCAGUGAGGAGUCUCUGAGCACAGACACUCCUGUGGAUUACAGUCCCACAGAAAUGGGUCCCAAGAAGUUUCGCUGGAGCAUCCCUGCUGACAGGUGGACCCAGGACACAUCCAAGAGCUCUCUGUGCCACCUGCCAAGCCCUAGCGUAGUGGUGAAAAAGAGAGGUCUUGACACAGCCUCCCACUUGCAUGCUGAAUCCGACCAUAGCAAGGCACUACAGAGCCUGGUAGAGACCAGCAGUGAGGAGAGUCUGGAGGAGACCAACCAUCACGACAAAGCGACAACACUGGGGAACUCCUAACAUUGUCACGCACACACACACACACACGCACACACACAGGCCAUACCCCUAUGCCUUGUUAAAGCUAACUUCAGCUAUUGUUCCAAAA